UUACUUUCACUUUGUAACAACGCUUUGUUCAACUUGUUGGAAAAAUUUCAGAAAAGCUUGAAAGGUGGAUUGAUUUAAGUAUGAGUGUGCAAGACCUCAGUAGAGAACAUUUGGAGAGUGAAUUUGCUCCAAUUCUAAAUUUGUCAGCAGCUCUUCAGGUCAAACAACCUGCUAUAGAGUAUUUCCUUGGUCUGACAGGGUCGGAUGAUGGAAAGAUGUUCAUUGGAAACAGCACCAAGUUCAUCAAGGGUAUUAUUGAAUUGACCAAUGACCCAGAUGAUGUUGUCACAGAAGUAGCUUAUAAAACACUUAUCAACCUUGCAACAAAAGAUACAAUAUGUUCCAGAAUUCUAAGCAGUGAAAACUUUUCUGAUGUUGUUGUCAAAAAAUUUGAAAAAAUUCUACAGUCAAAAUACAAACAUGCUGAUUUAGUCUGCAAAUUUUUGUCCAACUUAAGCAGGCCUGAAGAAUGUGCCAGAAAAGUGGCUGAUAUCAUAAAGGAAAAUGAAGACAAAUUAAAAAUCAAUAAAUUUGUAAAUGCAUUGUGUAAAACAGACUACAAUGCUGAAGCAGAUCUUCAUUAUUUGGCACCCAUCAUAGCCAAUCUGAGCCAGAUUCGUCACAUACGAGAUGAAAUUUUGUCCAGGGAUCAGUGGAUGAUUCAGCGAUUGUUACCAUUUGUAAACUACAAGGAGUCAGACAUAAGAAGAUUGGGAAUUGUUAGCUGCAUUAAAAACUGCUGUUUUGAUGAAGAACACCAUGAGUGGUUACUGAGUGACAAAGUGGACAUGUUGUCUUUCCUUCUGCUUCCUUUGGCUGGUCCUGAGGAAUUUGAUGACAAUGAUAUGGAGAAACUACCAGAAAGAUUGCAGUACUUACCACCAGAUAAAACCAGAGAACCAAACCCUGAGAUAAGAUGCAUCUUGUUACAGGCUAUUUUAAAGUUAUGUGCAACAAGACAGGGAAGAUUGUUUGUGAAAGAGAAAAACACGUACAUCAUCAUCCGUGAAUUACACAAGUGGGAGAGGCAGCGAAGUAAUAUAAUACCCAUUAUGAAUUUGAUUGAUAUCUUGAUUGGUGAUGAACCAGAGGAAGGAAUGGAGAACUUGCACAAGGUGGAAAUUCCUGAACACCUGAAGGAGAAGUUCAUAAAGGAAGAUCAGGAGGAUGAGAAGGAGUAUAUGCAUUGAAACUGCUAAUAGAUUUUUACUUGUAAAUCACAAAACUGUGCAUUUAUUAUUGUCAAAUGGUUUUGUACAGUGUUCUUCGCUCUACUGGUCAGAGACCAGAAGAGCUUAUGCCAUAGAAAGGUGUUCAUUGUGGUGGAGAAUAUGGAUUGCUGUUCAUCAGAAAAAUAUUCAUAUAGAAGUUUUUCUCUGAAUAUCAAACCAUAUUCACCAACUUAAGAGUUGGUAGAUACAUGAUAUUGAUUGGGCCCAACUACUUUAUCAUUGGUAAAAGAGUAUCCAAUUUUUUUUUUAACAAGUCAAACACAAAGAUUAAAAAAAUUCAGAUUUGAUAUAGCACAUAGAA